AUGUCUAACCGCCGGACGCCAGCUGAUGUCCAUCAAACUCAACCCGCAAUUCCUACCUCCGGAUCGAGCGAACAACUACAAGAUAACCAGCCUCGCGCUCAAGGACAUUCCCUUUCUUCUUCUUCUGCUUCUUUCCACCAAUCCACUUCCGUACCACCAACUACAGCUGACCAGCAGUGGUUUCCAGCAUCUCAGCAGAUGAUCGUCACCAGCUCUUCCUUCUAUGACCCUACUCAGGCCUCAGGCUUUACAGCCCAGCAGCCUUCCAUGAACGUCUGGAAUACCCAAUUCACAGGUCCGGGUGCCGAAUACUUUCACCGACAACACCCGACAUACCAGCAACCGUAUGACACCUUCGAAGGAGCAGAGACAAGCCAGUAUUCAUUUGCUCAAAACCAAGUUAGAGAGCAGCAGCAGCCUGAGCAGCAUUCACAACAGCGCCGCCUUAUACCCCCACGGCACUCGGCACAUGGUGGUUCCCGGACUUCUGGGUACUAUAGGCAGAGGAGCGCUGAAGGCCAGCAACACGCAGGUCAAUACUCACAGCUCCCUUCCGUUUCUCCCAAUCCUCCUUCAACCCAUCCUUCACCUCCUCAGCCCUCUCAACAGCCAACAGGCCAAGCCCUCGCUGCACAGCGUACAACUGAAUUAAUCACAGGUCAAUUCCUGCCAGCGCAAGCCGAACAGCAGUACCCGGCUCAGCAGCCCCAGCCCCAUUUCUCGCCCCCUCCUACCCAGUCCCAAUUCCAGAUCCAACAAACCCAGUUCCCGCCUACUCCACAGUUUUCCCAGAGUCAGCCUCAGGCUAGGCAGCAGAGUCAGUUUUCACAAUCCCACCAUCCUCGUGUCCCAUCGCAAUCGCACCCUCACGCUACAACGCAAUCGCAUACUCACGUCCCAUCGCAAUCUCGUGCCCACCCUCAUGUUCAGUCGCAUACCCAACCGCAACCUCAGAUUCACGCCCCUCCGAAUCCACCCCGACAGUCUCAACACUAUUCGGGACCAUCAGAUUCCUAUUACCUUCAGAGCGAUAUGUAUUAUGCAAUCAAUACGCAAGGGAAUCAGAGCCCCAUGCUUGGACUCCCGCGCUCACACGACUCUGUCUCUCCGGCCUCGUACGCAAGCCACCCUACGUCCUCCUCAUUCGACGAUUCGUCUUCGGGGCAUCUAGCCUCGUCUGUGAGCUCGGGUAACGUGCACAUGACUUCACAGGGCAUGGGCCAUGCUGCAACUUCGUCGAUCUCGACUGUCACCCCUGGGUCGCCGCCAAUGGUCGCAGCCCCACAGCAACAGCAACAGCAACAGCAACGUGCGCAGAUACGUCAACGCCCGAUUAUGCCUAUCACUGCGACAGCGACAGCGCCUCAGGCAGGUCCUGCACGGCCUCCAAUUGUACCGAAGCCGCCCGCUCCUCGCCCUGCAACAAACCGAAGGGCUCGUGCUCCAAAGCGACCAAGGCCAUCAACAUCCCAGGGCGGUGAGGGUAGGGGUGGGGACAGUGAUGAUGAUAGUGAUGACGAUGAUGUGGUAGAAUGGGCUGGACCAUCUGUGCCUCCACAAGGCGCGGCUACAGGGGUGGGUCAACGCAAGUGA